AUGGCUUCCCUGCUGCUGCUGCUUCAUCUUUUGCCACCCACAGCUGGACGGAAGAGGAGGACCAAAAUAAGUCCAAGUGAUGCAGUGCACAACAUGGUGCACUUUCACAAGUGUGUGUUCUUUAGCACAGGGCCAUUGUUUGGGAGUAAUGAGCUUCCAGUAAGUCAUGCUGCAGCAUUGAUGAGAACCUGCAAGAAAGAGAGGGUAAACAACCAUACAUCCUCGCUGUUGGCCAAGUCCAGAACAGGAUUGACACCUUCUACAUCGCAGUUGACAAAUGGCUCAUCCCCUCAUUGCUCAACCACCAGCUCAUUGAGUGCUUUCGACAAACUUUUUAAAUCCCACUACGUGUUCAACUUGUCUUAUGAGGAGUCCCUGGUUCAUCUCUAUACUUUUGUGCAGACCACUGUAUUCAACAUCGAUGUAACCUCUACAGACGAGUCACCGCGUGUUCGAGCAGUGUGCAAAUGUGCUACAAUGGCACAGGCUACAGAUGAUGAAAUAUGCCAUCAUGCCAUCCGAUGGUUCUCCCUGGCCCAUGAUGGGUUUGGAGGCCGCCAGGAGAGGAUGGAGAAACAGCGGCAGGAACAGCAGCAGGAACAGGAAAGGAUGGAAAGACACCGACCGCCGCCAUGGCAGCGACCAAACUCCACUGCCUGUUCGACGGCGGAAGCCGCAGUCCAACAGCAAAUGUAACACUACCAGUAGUAACAACGAUUUAACUCCCUCCCUGCCCUCCAAAGACAAGCAUGUUUUUUUUGGUCUACAGCAUGUGGAGCUGUUUUUUAUGUUUAUGUA